CAAAUUGGCGCACUAAUCCUAAAAGGAGCCAUGAAGUGUUAAACGGUAGAAACAGAGAGAGCGGCGCUCAGACACGCGCAGCGGGGAGAGAGGGAGGAAAGAGCGCAGCUCCAAUGCGUCUGUGCAGCCCAGCCUGAAGAGAAAAAAAAAAAACUUAUCGACUCACAAAACCAGAACCUGCGCGGCGCAAUUAGUGCGAGAGAACUCACUUUUCCUUCGGUUCUGAAGAAAAUAAAUAAAGAAAUCAAGCUGGCUCAGUGCGUGUCUCAGCAGCACACUUUGACAGGUGCUCCUCACCCCCUUUGGAGGACUGUCAACAGCAAGAGGAUGGCAUCAGAGCUGGCAAUGAGCAACUCCGACCUGCCCACCAGUCCCCUGGCCAUGGAAUAUGUUAAUGACUUCGAUCUGAUGAAGUUUGAAGUGAAAAAGGAGCCGGUGGAGCCGGAGCGCAGCAUCAACCAGUGCAGCCGCCUGGUCGCCGGGGGAUCCCUGUCUUCCACCCCGAUGAGCACGCCUUGCAGCUCGGUUCCCCCCUCUCCAAGCUUCUCUGCGCCCAGUCCGGGAUCAGGGAGCGAACAGAAGACGCACUUGGAGGAUUUCUACUGGAUGACCGGGUACCAGCAGCAGCUGAACCCCGAGGCUCUGGGCUUUAGCCCAGAGGACGCCGUAGAGGCGCUGAUCAGCAGCAGUCACCAGCUCCAAACCUUUGACGGCUAUGCCAGAGGGCAGCAGUUCGGCGGCGCGGCCGGGGCAGCGGGCGCCAUGGCCGGGGAGGAGAUGGGGUCGGCGGCCGCGGUGGUGUCCGCGGUCAUCGCCGCAGCCGCAGCCCAGAACGGGACUCCCCACCACCACCACCACCAUCACCACCACCACCACGCGGGGACACACCACCCCUCCUCCGGCUCGCAGCCCGGCGGCGGCGCGGGGGGGAACCACCAACACAUGCGCCUGGAGGAGCGCUUCUCGGACGAGCAGCUGGUCACCAUGUCGGUGCGGGAACUGAACCGGCAGCUGCGGGGGGUCAGCAAGGAGGAGGUGAUCCGUCUGAAACAGAAGAGGAGAACGCUAAAGAACAGGGGCUACGCGCAGUCCUGUCGGUACAAGCGGGUCCAGCAGCGGCACGUCCUGGAGGGGGAGAAGACGCAGCUCAUGCAGCAGGUGGACCACCUCAAGCAGGAGAUCUCCCGGCUGGCCAGGGAGAGGGACGCCUACAAGGAGAAAUACGAGAAGCUGAUCAGCACCGGCUUCAGAGAAAACGGAGGCUCCAGCAGCGACAACAACCCGUCAUCUCCGGAGUUUUUCAUGACGUCGAGAAAAUUCCUCCAUCUGUGAUAGAGACCUGUGUUCUCUUGGUCCCGCCAGCCUGCAGACUGAGAUGUCUUGAUACUGGAAUGCUGUUUCUUGAACAACCUACGGCACCUGGACUGCCAUAAAGCACAAUGUCUCAAAAGUUCCCCACCUUCCCAGUGGCUUCAAGACAACCAGUUCACAGCAAACCCAAAUUCAGUUUGACACUAAAAAUCGUAAUUAAUAAAACAAAAAAAA